GUGCCAAACUGCUGUUGCACGGUCUCUGCUCCAACACCACAGUCAAGUCUUUGGAUUUGAAAGGCAACAACCUGCGAACCGCGGGAGCUGAGGCUUUGGGAACGCUUCUUAGGCAGAACAAAUCCAUCAGGAGCCUGAUCCUAGAAUGGAACAGCCUUGGCGUGUGGGAGGAAGGCUUCUCCUUCUUCUGCCAAGGACUGGGAGCAAACGGCUUUCUCCAGCGGCUAGAUCUGCGCAACAACCAGGUCAGCCAUCGCGGGGAGUUCGAACGGAACGCCAGCCUGCAGGAGCUGGAUCUGCGUUGGAACAACGUCGGGCUCCUGGGUGGCCGAGCGCUGCUGAGCUGCCUGCGCAGCAACAGGAGCCUGAAGAGGCUGGAGCUGGCGGGCAACAACAUUCCUAGCGACAUCCUGAAGGCAGUGGAGCAAGCCGUGGAGCACAACCGGGACCGUCAGGCUGUCCUGAGCGAGGCCCAGAACCGGGCGCACGUCCUCUGCAGGGAGCUCCAGAGUCUGAAGGAUGAGAAGGCCAAGCAGUCCCUGGAUUUGAUGGACACCAUAGACAGGCAGAGAGAGGAAAUGGCCAGGAGUGGCAG